UAGGAAACGUCGUUAACGACGCCGUUGUUGUUCCCGGUGUCUCUGCUUCUCUGUGUUGUCAGCUCACCGUUAUUUUCCAGCCUUACAGCAAAUAGAUUUGCCAUCAAAGAUGAAGGAUGAGAUUUGAAGAAAGGGGUAUGUUGGCAUCAGAGCCAGAUCUAUAUACAAGACUUAACAGGACCAAUGGCAUUCCGUAAGGCAGUAAAGGGGACCGUAAUAGGGGGCGGGGCCAUAGCCGCAGCCUUCGGCCUAUCACAGUUCUUGGAAUACAGGAGGAAUCGGGCACACUUGAGCUCCAUGGAGGCUCAGGAGCAAGAGAAGGGGUCAUUCGAGGACAGGCUGCCGACGCGCCACGAGCAGCUGCACGUGCUCCAGAACACGCCGGAGUUCGACGUCCUGGUCGUGGGGGGCGGAGCCACUGGAGCAGGAUGCGCUCUGGACGCAGUCACACGCAAUCUGAAGACGGCCCUGGUGGAGAGGAGCGAUUUCUCAUCGGGCACCAGUAGCAGGAGUACCAAACUCAUCCACGGCGGCGUGCGCUAUCUGCAGAAGGCUGUCACGAACCUAGAUUACGAGCAGUACCUGAUGGUCAAAGAGGCCCUCCACGAGCGCGCUAACCUGCUGACCAUCGCACCUCACCUGUCCGUCCCAUUACCCAUCAUGCUCCCUGUUUAUAGGUGGUGGCAGCUCCCGUAUUACUGGGCUGGGAUAAAGCUGUAUGACCUGGUGGCGGGGUCACACUGUCUGAAGAGCAGCUAUGUUGUGAGUAAGAGCAAAGCCCUGGACUUUUUCCCCAUGCUGAAGAAAGACAGACUGGUGGGAGCCAUCGUCUACUACGAUGGCCAGCACAACGACUCCCGCAUGAACCUGGCGAUCGCUCUGACAGCAGCGCGUCACGGUGCCUCCAUAGCCAACUACACGGAGGUGGUGCAGCUGCUGAAGAAGGCUCACCCAGUCACGGGGGAGGGGCAGGUGUGUGGGGCACGCUGCAGAGAUGUCAUCACAGGCCAGGAGUUCGACAUCCGCGCCAAAUGCGUCAUUAACGCCACGGGGCCCUUCACUGACUCACUGCGCAAAAUGGAUGACCAGAGAGCGGCCAAUAUCUGUCAGCCCAGCGCUGGAGUUCACAUCGUCAUCCCUGGAUACUACAGCCCUGACAACAUGGGCCUUCUGGACCCGGCCACUAGUGACGGACGCGUCAUCUUCUUCCUGCCAUGGGAGAACGUGACCAUCGCCGGGACGACGGACACGCCCACCGACGUCACGGCCCACCCCAUCCCUAUGGAGGAGGACAUCAACUUCAUCUUGAACGAGGUUCGGAACUACCUCAGCCCUGACGUGGAAGUGCGGAGAGGAGACAUCCUGGCGGCCUGGAGUGGCAUCCGUCCUCUGGUCACUGACCCCGGCUCCAAAGACACGCAGUCCAUCUGCCGCAACCACGUGGUCAGCGUUAGCUCCAGUGGCUUGGUCACCAUCGCCGGUGGGAAGUGGACUACGUAUCGGUCCAUGGCCGAGGAGACGCUGGACGUGGCGGUGAAGGAGCACUCGCUGCCGGCCGGGCCCAGCCGGACGGUGGGGCUGAUGCUGGAGGGAGGGAGAGACUGGACCCCCACCCUCUACAUCCGCCUGGUGCAGGACUACGGCCUGGAGAACGAGGUAGCACAGCACCUGGCAGCCACCUACGGAGGGCGAGCGUUCGACGUUGCCAAGAUGGCUCAGGUCACAGGAAAGAGGUGGCCCAUAGUCGGAAAAAGGCUAGUGUCUGAGUUCCCCUAUAUAGAGAGCGAGGUGGUUUACGCUAUUAAAGAGUACGCCUGCACGGCCAUCGACGUAAUCGCACGGAGAACACGGCUGGGGUUCCUCAACGUCCAGGCAGCAGAUGAAGCCCUUCCACGUGUCGUGGAGAUCAUGGCCAAGCACCUGGGCUGGAGUGAGCAGAAGAAGAAGGAGGAGCUGGAGGCAGCCAAGAUCUUCCUGUACCAGGAGAUGGGAUAUAAAGCUCGCUCCGAACAGCUCACCAAGAUGUCUGAGAUCUCACUCACUCCCCAGGAAGUGGCCAGAUAUAAGAAACGCUUCUACAAAUUUGACAAAGAGAGCAAAGGAUUCAUCACAACGCUGGAUGUUCAGCAGGUGUUAGAGAAACUCAGCAUCCAGAUUGACGAGAAUGCUCUCCACGAGAUCCUCAAUGAGGUCGACCUCAACAAGAACGGGCAGGUGGAGCUGGACGAGUUUCUGCAGCUCAUGAGCGCAGUGCAGAGGGGCCAGAUCUCCGACAGCCGAUUGGCUAUACUGAUGAAGACCGCCGAGGAAGGGCUGGACUCUCGAAGACCAGUGUCGGUGGACCGCAGUGGGGGAGGGGUGUGAGACUCAACCAUGGCCUCUGCCGGGGUGACCGCUGACUGUCAUACGAGAUCGCAACCAAACUGCCUUUGAUUGAACUUUUUUUAAAAUCUGUUUUUCAAUGCUGCUUUGAAUUUAUUGUAAUACGCACAAUUUCAAUUAUUUAACAGUAAAAGCUGUGUCUCUUUAGUCUCGUGUAAUAAUGCAGUCCUUUAACCUUUCUAAAAGUUUUCUUUUAUUUUAUUGGCAGCGUUUGUUUUCUGUCACCUUUCUCCCACAUGGAUUGCAUGGCUGAUGCAUGCAGUGCCGUUUUGUUCUUCUCGCUGGUCAGUGUGAUGAGCUGGUCUAGUGACGGUGCUGUAUUAGUGCUGUGCCUUGUGACCGCGUGCGACGAGAGUUCAUGAAGAAUGGCGCUUGGCCGCGACUACGCUUAGCGAACUUUUGCACUUUCUCUAGAUCUUCUCACGUUUACACACGCUGACGUGCCGUUAGUGCUCUGAGAUUAAAUCACGGCUUGAAUAACAGGUUUUCUUUGUACUGUUAUGUGGCUUUCCAAAGAUUUGAAUAUUUACUGUUAAUCUAAAGAUUGUCCCAUGCUAAAUAUGUCCUGGACAGUGUUUGAUGGGUAACUAUUUUUUUUCCAGUGAUAAAUCAUGAAAUUGUCAUUUUGAUACUGUAAAAACAGAUUUUGACUAAAUAUUGUGUUUUUAGUACUAUGGACAUUAUAUUACUGUCUUGAUAUCGCUUACAAGAAAUCAAUCACUGAAAUCUGUAUUUUAUCUAAUAGUUGUAAUGAAUAUUUCCAGCGAGAACUUGAUCUGUUUUGUUUUGUUAGAUUCAUGAUUCAUUUUUAUGAUCAUUCCAGUCUUUGCGAAGAUCUGUUCCAUUCUGUUCUCUGCCUUUUGCAUAUUGUUGAAGCUUUCUGGAACUGCCGUGUUUUGUGCUGAGAGAGAACACUGUAAAUGAACGUGGCAUGCUGAGAAGCACACGCAUAGCCUCACACUUUUUAAAACCCUUUUUGUGUAUUAUCAUUGAUUUAAGUAGCUAUGUACUUUAAUAUUUCAUUAUAAGCAUUAAUCCAAGAAGUAUACUUAUUUUAUGGAGUUACUCAAGAUCAUAGGCAUAUUUGGGAGGGGGGCGUGUCCCCCCCCAAUAAUUCCUGCUCACAUUCCUCCUCGUGUAAUGUGCAAGGUUGUGCGGUGUGAACAGCGCCUCCCCCAAAGUCGAAAUGCUCAACACUAGCUUUUGGUAAAUCACUGCACCCAGAUCCCUCAUUGUCAGUCAGGUGUGAACACAAUGUGACAACCUCAGCAAUGGCUCCACUGUCAUCUUAAGUAUAUGAGAUCAACAGAAGUUAAACUGAUGAUUUAUUGUGCGUUCUUACAGGAUGCAAUUUCACCCGAAUCCUGAGUGAAAGAGAUAUUCUAUGAAAAAAAGAACCAUACAAUGCAGCUGUAUAAUUAAAAAGAUC